CCGAUUACGACCAACAGAGCCCGACCCAUACUGACGAAAAGAUAGUAAUAUCGAGUUAGCGGAGCAUCCACAGGGCUCUUGCUUGCGGGUUCGAGAUAGUACUUAAACUUACGCCCGUUGAUCAUGUAUACAACAAGGAUUGCGUCGCAAUGGUUGCACGGCGAGAUGGUGGAACGGAUGGGAAUGCUGGAUGUCAUGACAUUGGUGAGCAGAUGUAAGUCCUUGAUGAUGUCCGCGCUGAACAUGGAGUCGUCUAUGGAGUCGUCUGUGCUAGUCACCAAGACUGCGGUACAUUCAAGUCGAAGAUCCAUGGCGAGGUAUGGGUGACACCGACGCCGCUUCAAUUCUCCCAGUCCGUCCCAUUACACCACGAGACCAUGCUUAAACACCGUCGUGGCCUAGAUGCCAAGCAGUUAGCCUUUUUCUCGAUCAACAAUUUGUUCUCCGACACGAUUGCGAUAUCUCCAUCAGUGUCCGAAGAACACAUGAAAUGGGUACUCGGGAUCUCUCAGGUAGAUCACUGUGUAACCACUGGACCUGAAAACAGCCCCAGAUGGUUCAUCAUCUCGCGGAGUGUAGGAAAAUAUAAGGACAGCGGGGACUCACCAAAUCCCAAAAACCAAGAACCAGAAACCAGACGCCAUCCCAGCGCAACCAUCUUGUGGUCUCCUCGGGCCAUUGAAACGACGUAUUCAAGACGGUGUUCGAUGUUCGAGGGGGUGUCCGUGCGAAGCAUUGUUUACCGCGAGGUUCGCACGAUGCCUCUGAAGGGCUUCGACACCUCGAGAUGCAUCCGUUUAUCGUCGCUAUUACAAAGUCAGUUAGCUAGGCACACGGUGAAGAUAAGUAAGCCUUUGUGAGGUGAUGCUGCUGCGAGGAAAAUGCUCCACGGCGAAGGACAACAGAACGCGUAAGAGCAUCAGACGC